AUGAGGCCUAGUCAUAUUGUCGGCGUGUCGGCAUUGCUAGCAUCCGCUGCCAAUGCUGCAACCACAGCGAGAAACAUCACGAUUCGUCCACCAGCAGAACUAGCCUCGAACGCACCAGGAAUAUCAGCAGGCAAGUUCUUCUCGUCAGGGGUCCAAGAGAAGCCAAACACUGACGCCGUGUCCGAGCAGUCUCUUCUCCAAUGUCUCUACUCCCAAUGCGAUGCGAUAGACUACGGUCAAGCUCUCGCCUCCACGAUUCACCUCUGCGUUAAAACUGGAGCCAUCAUCCACAUGGCUGCACCCAAUCACUACUCUGGAGAGUUGUUACGUUCUCGGGAGGAGGCGUAUUUAGAGGGCAGAGAAAUCCUUGCCGUUCCGGGUCUAAAGCUACGUCAAGAGAGCGUAGAUCCCGGCGCUCAACACACUGCCACAGUGACUUUGACGGUUUUGAGUCCUGCGGAAGCCAGCUUCCUCACAGUCACGCAGACCGCGACAGCCACCACAACCAUUGCACUGGCUCCAACCUUGGCCACUCCAUUCACACCCUCGCUCCGCAUGCUCAACAACACAGACUCAAACACGGAUCCGGACUCGGCUUAUCUUCCUUGGCUUGUCACUGCAGCCGGGCCGCGAAACCAGCAGCCGUCCUACGUUUCAUUCAUGAUCUAGGUGACGCUUGUCAUUGCGCAGGACAUUUGGUACAACGAAUGAGAUUGAGUCUGUACUAUUGAUGUUGUUGUCGCGAGCCUUUCUCACCUCUUUUUGAAAGGUUAUGUACAAGCCAUGACUUCCAAACAUCCCUUUUGCGCGACGGAGAGUCUUCAGACACAAAGCAGCCAUAUUUAGAUUAUGUGAUGUGGGCGUGGCACACACGUAGCAGAGAUACUCCAAUUUGAUACCUUUGAUUAUGCCAAGCAUUAAGAUGCAAAAAGUGAACAGAGG